UGCUCUUAUUCUCAAUUAUGCUAUAGAUAUUUCAGUUUUGAUUUCUGUUUUCGGUGGCUUAAAUUCCAUUAUGCAAUCAGUUAGGCCGCUCUGUUUGCUGCCAAGCUACGCAAGUUUAUUGACCACUAGUUUAUGGAGAGGGGAUUUUUGGUGGGAACUUGAAACUAAAUUCUAUUAAGUUUUUGAAAGGCUGUACGGACACAUUCGACGAAUUCUUGGGUAGAUAGUUUUAUAGAUUGUUAGGAAACCGUUAAGGAACUGGGCUUAAAAAAUGAUCGAUCUAAAGUGAAUAGUUAAGAUUCUCAAUGUUAGAAAACUAAGAGAAUCUGCUAGAAACGGAUCAUUUAAUUGAAGUUAGCUGUGUUCAUCAGAUAUGAAAAGUGGAGUUGUUCUUUAAUUUCCCGCCCAUCGAUGGGCACAUCUGGUGCAGUGGCGGUGCACCUAUUGAGGAUCCCUAUUCCUCAUCUUUCUCAUCUGUCUGGUGGCCUUCCUUGACCCGCCUCUUCCACUCUACACCCUGCUGUUGUCUGGAAAAGCGAGGGAGUGCUCUGGUGAAGAGUAAGGAUGGUGAAGGAGAUGGUGCGGACCGUGGAAAUUGUUCAAAUUCUACGUGGUCAGCAUUACGCUACAAAUUUACAAAAUGAGAAAAGAGAAGAAAAAAAAAGGGAAAAUUUACAUGCUGACAAAAUAACAAACAGACAGGGAAGAGGGGGCAUAGGUGCAAGGGGCUGCAGUCCUGACCGGCUUUAUUUUUGGUCUGGUCUGGUCUAGUAUGACUUGGCCUGGUCAACGAUAUUUUUUUUGUGCUGCAUAAUCGUAUCACUUUCAAGUGUUUUCGCAUUGCGCAACCUCAGCCGGCACCUUUCUAUCAGUCUCAGUAUGGCCAAAACUAACUGAGAAUUGCAUAAUAACAACAGACCGACAUAUGUACAUAACUUCGAUGUUUAAUUAGCCAGUGUUGUGUAGUGCUUAAACUAUACUUGACCCAUUGAGUACGCAUGUGACUUUAAGGAUGAUGAAAGUUACUCAUUUUCAACGCUUGUUACUCAGUUACUCCAGUUGAUUUUCCAAUGCUGUGCUAUUCAAAUGAGGCUAUUCAAAAUGGGUAGCCAGCAGCGAACUCAUUCAUAAGCUUCAUUCAGCUUCUUCGGAUUUUGUGAUUUUGUGGCAACUCAUUAACAACAAGAAAAAGUGGCGUAAAGUACAGAUAAUGUUGCCCACCGCCGCCAUCUACACACAUGUCUGUUAACAAUAGUGGUGUGCUGCCCCCCAUCUGGCCCAAAAUCUGACUUGGCUUCUUUUAGCAACUUCAUUGUUGACACUAUCCGCUGCCGCAGAUCUGUCCUGUCAUAAUUGUUGCUCACUGGUUUUCUGUAACAGCGACUGCUCCUCUUCCGAGGAUAGUGAAAAGUCAUUGGUGAAUUUGAAUUCAAUACCAGCGAAAACUGCACAAAUACAUUUAUUUUCAUUGUCGCGGUGCAACUGUACCUGUGCUGGCCUUUAAAGUGUUGGAAAACGGUUUGUAAAGCAAUAUCCGAGUUUCUAAGUUUUGAUAUCAAACUUUCUGUCUUGGGAAAGCAAAUUGAAUGUUAAAUUUAAAUAUGCUUUGUUGCCGAAAAUGUUUUAAAACAGCUUUUGAUUGUCUUUCACCGGAUACAACCCUGCUUCUCUCUAAACCCCCUCUAAUCUGCCAUCAUUAUUUUCUCAAUCAGCAUCGGCUUCUUUAUGAUUGUUUCUUCUUUUUUUUUUUUGCGCCGGCAACAAUUUAAACUAAUUAAGUUGUAAUAAAGCACUCAAGAAAACGCUCAAAAAAACCAUUGAAGAGAAAUAAAAAAAAAAAUGAUUAACCAGGCGAGUUUUGCUUGUUCAAUAUAUCUGUGCUCUUUUUCCUACUGUUUUCUAGCAGCGAUGGAAAAAAAUUAUACAAGCAUCCAAUCGAAAUGCCCCCUCCUCACCUUGUUGAUGAUGCUGCUAAUUUUUUAAGACCGAACCCCGAGCAUUUGACUUUUUUCCCUCUGUUUGCUGGAUUUUUGGUAUUUUUGAAGUUUGAAGUUCACCAAAAGCGUUUUUUUGGGCUCUAUGCUCUUGGCCCGGUCUAUUAGUUCAGUGGCCCAUUAAUGUGCAUAUUGCCUGCUCUUUUACCGACUCUCUUUUGGGUGAUUCCAUGAUUGCGGUAAUUGUGUUAAUUUUUUUUUUUUUUUGGUAAAUAAGUGUGUGUGUUUUCAUUGGGCGGCCAGCUGGAAAUCGUGCGGCUUUAAAGGCUGUGUAUUUAGUUGAAAGGUAUUGGGGUCAGUUUAAAAUUGCAGCUAAAUUGUGUCAUAUUAUGGAAUCAGGAAUUGAAUACGUGUUUUAACAACAUUUGCAUGUUCAUGCAGCUAAAGUAAUAUCUUUAAUGUGUACUUAUAAAAUGGAAUUUUGAAGACAGAAAGUAGAAAUUUACCCAAGCUCCUUGUAUCAAAGCCGUUUAUCAUUUGGCAUGUCACAACCCCUCAAAAAGCGAGUAAAACAACAUCGUCUACAUUUUCCUUCCUAUAUUUUAUAAAUUGUAAACAUCCUUUGUAAUAUCUGAGAAAAAUGGCGGAAUCCGACUCGGGAGAAAGUACUUCGUCGGUGUCCUCAUACAUAUCCCGCUCGUCGGCGUCCUCGCGAUUGAGUGAGUUUGUGGACGCCAAGACGGAGCUGCAGGAUAUAUACCACGAUUUGAGUAGCUAUCUGUCGAGUUUUCUAACUAUUUUGGAGGAGAGUGUCCUCUUGAGAGAUCGACAAAUGCUGGAGCACCUGUGCGCCUUCUCCAGCAGAGUGGAGGCCAUUGCAAAGGUACUUUCGCGCGAUCGAAUGAAGGUGGCAUUUUUUGGACGCACCUCAAACGGCAAGAGUGCCGUGAUCAAUGCCCUGUUGCAUGAGAAGAUCCUGCCCAGCGCCAUGGGCCACACCACCAGUUGUUUUUGCCAAGUGCAGGCCAAUGGCUCUGACGAAACAACCGAGCACGUGAAGGUCGAGCAGGAGGAGCAGCACAUGGAGCUGAGUGCCCUCAAGGAGCUGGCCAGUGCACAUUCGCCAAGGGCCCUGAAACCCUCGACGCUGCUGCAGGUGAAUAUGGCCAAGAACCGCUGCUCGAUCUUGGACUACGACGUGGUUCUGAUGGAUACACCUGGCGUGGAUGUAACCGCGCAACUGGACGACUGCCUGGAUAGCUACUGCAUGGAUGCGGAUGUAUUCAUCUUGGUUUUGAACGCAGAGUCCACUGUUUCGCGCGUGGAAAGGCAGUUCUUCAAGGAUGUGGCAUCCAAACUCUCGCGUCCCAAUCUCUUCAUACUUAACAAUCGCUGGGACAAGGCCAGCAGUCUGGAGCCGGAAAUGGAGCAGCAGGUCAAGGAUCAGCACAUGGAACGCUGCGUUAACCUGCUGGUGGAUGAGUUGGGUGUUUAUGCCAAUGCGCAAGAAGCCUGGGAAAGGAUCUAUCAUGUCUCGGCCUUGGAAGCCUUGCACAUACGAAAUGGUCACAAUCAGAAUCCCACGGCACAAACACAAGAGCGAUACCAGGAGUUUCUGCGUUUCGAAAAUGAUUUUUCCAAUUGCCUCGCCGAGUCUGCGUUGAAAACCAAGUUUGGGCCACACCUGCAGAGUGCACAGAAGAUUUUAAACCAGUUGAAAUCCACGCUGAUAGGUCCUUUCAUAGAAAAAGUAAGUCGUCUAAUAGAGGAGAAUAAGGAGCGGAGAGCAAACUUAAAUGCGGAAAUGGACGACUGGGUAAUACUAAUGCAAGAUGACAGAGAAGAGCUGCAGAUUUGGUUCGAGCAACUAACUGAAAUGACACAACGUGUGGGUCAGAGUGUUUUAAACGAACAGAUCAACACGUUAAUACCCUCGGCUGUCUUAUCCUUCGCGCACCCAUUUCACCCAGAGUUUCCAGCACAAAUUGGUCUCUAUCAACGCUCUUUAAGUGCCCAUUUGGAUGAGCUUCUUGAGGAUCGAGUGUUGCAAUGUCUGUCCAUGCCACUGCAGGAAAAACUUUUCCAAAUGGAGAAUGAACUGGAGCUGCAGAUCACGGACAAAUCCUACAACUGGCAGUUCAUCUACAACGUGGAUUGCCAAUCCUAUAUGGUGGACUUUCAGCCAGAUCUUAGGUUUAUGUUUUCCCUGGGCUUUACCGCACUGUGGCAUCGUCUCGAAGGAAAUAUACCACUGCAGGCAAGUGCAUUCCGAAUGCCAAAGUUACACAAUGGCCACAAGAAAUGCUUGCCACUGCCACCUUUGAUGCACGGCAACCACUGGCAGAUGCUGGAAUCGUUGGUCAAGUCCAAAGGUAGCCUGGGAACCGUAUUGCUGAGUGCCCUGGCCAUCCGUUCGUUCAGCUGGCCAAUCGUGUUGAUCCUUGGCGGCCUCGUCGGAUCCUUUUACCUCUACGAGUACGCCGCCUGGACGACAGCCGCCCAAGAGCGCAGUUUCAAGAGGCAGUACGUCAGGCUGUUGCAACAACGUCUGCGGGCGGAUGUGCAGCAAACCGUCAACGGGUUUGAGUUCCAGUUGCGACAGCACCUGGCCAAAGUCCGAAAUUGCUGGGAGGCCAAGUCCAGUGAAACGCUGAGUGACCUGGAAGUGAGGACCUCGGAGCUGACCAAGCAAAUAAAAUCGAUGGAGGUGUUGCAGCUGAAACUGAAGAAGUUUCGGGACGAGGGACAGCUGCUGGCCAGUCGAUUGGCGGACUUUCAAGAGACCUACUUGAGCAAGGGCUGCAAAUUAUGAGAGGGUUAUAGCAAAUUCUUAAGGUUUUCAAAAAGUUUCAAUUUUCUUUGGUUAAUUAUUAAUUGUACUUCCGUUCUUUUACUUUAAAAUUUAUAUGUUCUUGUUUGGUUAUUUUACAACAUUAAACGUUUGAUCUGUGCCACUUUAAA